AUGUUCAGAGACGAGAUCAGAGAAUCACACAUAAAAUAUAUCUGUCCGCACGCACCAACAAGGGCAGUAACUAUAAACAUGGGGAUGCAUAUGCCUGCGUGGUAUGACUUGUUUGGCUUAACUCCAGAUUCAAAAGAAGAUGUUGACGGUAUCGAAGAAUCGGCGAAAAUACUUCAUUCUAUGAUUGAUGCUGAAAUAAGGUCUGGUAUUCCUUCAGAAAGAAUUGUUAUUGGUGGCUUUUCGAUGGGUGGAGCGCUUGCUCUUUAUGCAGGUCUAACUUACGACAAGCCUUUAGGUGGAAUUCUUGGCUUGAGUUCCUUCUUAAUUCGAAAGGAUAAAAUUCCACAGAGUUGCACUGCAAACAGAAAUAUUCCGAUUUUGAUGGGUCAUGGAGAUCGAGAUUUUCUUGUCCCUUUGCAAUUCGGGCAACUUACUGAAAAAUACUUGAAGGCGUUUAAUCCCAAUGUUGAACUGAAAGUAUAUCCGCAAAUGGAACAUAGUAGUUGUGAGGAGGUAAUUUUUUGGCUUUUAUUUUAA